AUGGAGUUGGCUUUACUCUAUUUCGCCGCCCCAAUUCUCUUCUUCUCCGUGUUGCAGCAGCUGCUGUCAUGGAGGAGGAAGCGCCUCGCCCCUACCCCCAAGUUCCCUGGGCCUAAGCAAUUCCCCAUUGUCGGCCGCGUCCAUGAUGUGCCCAGGUUCUCAAUAUGGUUGAAGUUCAAGGAGUGGGCAGACAUCCAUGGACCUAUCUAUCAGACCAGAGCCUUGAACCAGACAUUCAUUAUCGUGUCUGAUGAGCAGAUUGCCCAUGAGCUUCUUGUCAAGAGGGGUAACAUCUACUCUGGCCGUCCUCAGAUCAGGUCCCUCAUUGGACAUAAAGAGGGUCCAGCAUACUCUGCACUGAUGGACCGUAAUGACACCUGGGCUCGACAACGCAAAUGGGUCCACGCAGCCAUGACUGAGGCUUACAGACACCAUUUCUACCAGCACAUUGAGCGGGAGACGAAGCGGUAUCUCGUCACGCUGCUGGUCGACCCCGAGCGGUUUUACUCCAACACUCGCGAGUACUGCGGGCGCAUUAUGAGUCGUCUUACCUGGGACCGGGCGUUUGAAGGCAAGCUCAACGGCGAGAGCGCCGAGCAGACGAUGAACGCUAUGUCCGUUUCCGGCCCCAUAACCAACACUAUAACGCCCCUCUGGCACAUUCCGUUCCCCAUCAACCCGUGGAAGAAAUUUGAGGUCAAGCGUGAGGCCACGCAGCGCGCCUGGUGGCUCAGUAACUUCCACAUCGCCAGGGAACGUUUUCUGCGGGGCGACCUGCCGGCUGAUACCUGGGCUUAUCGGUACUUUGAAGAGGUGCGCAAGGAGGGCAACUGGGAUGUAGAGCAGGACGACGAUCAGGCCGUGUUUGCGAGCUGCAUGAUUGGGUUCUUGAACUUGGUUGGCGUUAUUACUAAUUCAGGGCCGCUCAAGUUCUUCCUUAUGGCCAUGGCGCUGCAUCCGGAGUGGCAAAGGAAGGCGCAGGAGGAGAUUGACCGUGUGUGUGGUGGUCGGAUGCCCACUAUUGAGGACUUCCCUGACUUGCCUACAGUAAGGGCUUGUUUAAAGGAAACAGUGAGGUGGAGGCCCAAUGUGCCCUUAGGUGUUGCUCACCAAGCCGAAAGGGAUGAUGAAUACCAAGGUGUGAAAAUCAAGAAGGGCACUAAUAUCAUCGCGUGCGAAUGGGCCCUGAGUCGUUCGCCGUCCAAAUAUCCCGACCCGGAGCGCUACCGCCCCGAGAGAUGGCUCGAACCCGGUUGGCCCACAUAUCAGGAACCUCUAACGCGGUACCCGAAUUUCCGGGAAGGCUUGGGCUUGCACAUUUUUGGCUGGGGCCGCCGAAAAUGCCUGGGCAACACCCUAAUCGACGAUGAGUUGUUCGUCUGCGGCGCGGCUCUCUGCUGGGGGUUCAACAUGGCGCCCAAGACUUGCCCGAGGACGGGUAAGGAGGUCCCAAUUGACACCCUGGCGAGUAAUAGCCAUGCCCUCUUGGAGCCGGAUCCGUUCCAGAUGUCGUUCAAGCCUCGGAGCGAAGCCCGAGCUUCACAGAUCCUGGAGGGAUAUAAGGAAGUGGUUGGGGAAUUGAAGGUCUGA